AUGGGCAGCAUCAUCGAGGUGUCGGAUCUCAAUAGCUUCGGCAACAAACAGAGACAACCAAGUAUCACCAACGAGAAGAAAGCUAAUGGAUUGUUCCAGAGAGACAUAUUUUUUCCGUCUCUUAUCCAGGCUUGUGCGCGUAUGGAGCCUUUGCGAGUUUGUAUCGUCUCUAGCACGACAACGCUCGAUUUCAGGACUCUCUGGGCCCAGGUAGCGACAAAUGCUGAAAGAUUCCGGGAACAUGGUGUCUUGAAAGGCUCGAGGAUUAUCAUCGUGUCGCAGUCUUCCCCGGCUGCGAUUGUCGCCCUGCUUGCCGUUCUCAGCGCGGGAGCCAUUGGCGUACCGUUGAGCUCAUCGUUGCCCGUGUCUCGCAUCCAAUCAAUCGCCCAACUAGGAGGAAUCACGCAUCUGAUUGACCUCACGGAACCUUCCAAGCAGAUCAGCCUACCCGGUGUUACUCGACUCAUACUUGAUUUAUGCGUGCAGGGAACAGCAUCACAACAUGUACCCGAUUUGUUUCCAGAACAGGAUGCGAAGUCACCAGCCGUAGUAAUUUACACCUCUGGCAGCACUGGAGAGCCCAAGGGCGUUGUUCACUCCCAUGCAAGUCUCAGCACAAUGGCUUUCGCAGUUGGUAACGCCCUACGACUGGGUCCAGCCGAACGCAAUCUUCUAUUUCCAUCUUUUGGUUGGGCCGUGAACCUGAUCGACACCUUCUCAACUCUCGUAUCUGGUGGCUGCCUUUGCAUACCGACAGAUUUAGAAAAGUCUCAAGGGCUGGAGGAUACCAUCACUCGCUUUGCUGCCACGCGAACAACCUUACCAUCUUCGGUGCUGGGAAUAAUGGAUGCAACCGCCGUCCCAAGCCUGACUGGCCUCGUGCUGGCUGGAGAACCAAUGCGACCAGACCUGGUAGAUUCUUGGAGUUCUCGCCUGGAAAUUUACUGGAACUACGGCUCUUCGGAAACCCUCAUGGUUCUGGUUGGGAGUGUCAACGAAGGCGACAUCAUGAACUCCGGUCAUGCCCUCCAGUGUUGCCGUUGCUACCUUAUUGAUGAUGGUGGUUUUCCAGUUCUCCCUGGAAAAGCUGGUGAACUUGUUGUCGAAAGUUAUACCAACUUCAUGGGAUAUCUCCGGGAAGGCAAAGUCCAUCCCAGCGAGCGUAGCUCAGGAUGUUGUCCAGUCGUGCGUUCUGGAGACCUCUUUUUGCAAGAUAUUCGGAAUUCAACUUUCACCCACCAGGGACGUCUCGACUGUCAACUAAAAAUUUCUGGCCAAAGAUUUGAGCCGCAGGAGGUGGAGAACAAGCUUCUAUCGGCUCUGGAGAAUGUCAAGGAGCUGGCCGUGACGGUCGCCAUCUUGAAAGAGAAUUCUAGCAGGCCUGCUCUCGUGGUGCUCGUCGUUCUCGAGCAAUCUUCUGUUACUAAAAAGGCUUCUCUCACCCUUUCGGAGUCUUCAUUUACAAAUCUUGUGCAGACCCUUCCAUCCUACAUGAUUCCAGUCGGGGGCCUAUCUGUCGGCAAGCUCCCCAGGCUUCCCAACGGCAAGCUCGAUCGCAGAAGCCUUGUUUCUCUAGCAGAACAGAAAACGUUGGCUGAACUGAUCGACUUGCGACCUACUACAGGGAGUCAGCUACAAGAAUAUGACGUUGCAGUAGCAGACAAGAUCGCUCUUGUAUGGGCCAAUGUCUUGGGCUUGGAGGUCGCGGCCAUCGAUCCUACCUCCAGCUUCCUUCUCCUAGGCGGCAACUCUCUCUCCGCACUUCGAGUCUGCAAAGAACUUCGCGCGGCUGGUAUCAUGUCGUCAAUCUCCGACUUUUUUCUCCACCCGACUUUGAAGGCAAUUGUACAAUUAGUUGCCCAGCGAAGGACGCCUCAAUCAGACAAAGUUCGUCGACCGCCGCAGGGAAACCAGUCUGUCGCCAACGUAAAUGCCGAUGAACUUCUUUUGAUGGCGGCAGAGCAGUGCGGAGUUAGCGAGAAGCUGAUUGAGGAGGUGUUUCCGUGCACACCGAUGCAGGCGGCACUGAUGACGCUCAGUGAAGUCCAAGACGGUGCGUACAUUGCGGAGCAUGCUUUUCGUCUCCCGAGAACCUGGGCGAAGACGGACUUUCUUCGAGCCUGGAAUGUUGUCCUCCGUAAUACACCGAUGUUGAGAAGCCGCAUCGUGCGCCAUCUGAACGGAAGACUGUAUAACGUCACGAUGCUGUUUGAUGAAGGUUGCGCACUGCCAUCAGAGUCUUUUUCUCAGCGACCUCCAAUGGCAUGCGGAUCUCAGCUAUUUCAGCACUGUAUUCAUGACGCUCGAGGAGAUGAAGCUGGCUCAAUCUGGCGUUGGCGGAUUCAUCAUUCCGUAUAUGAUCGAUGGUCAACCCAUCUGAUCCUCGAGAUGACCCAGAAAGCAUACAGGGACCAACGGAUACCUUCACCGACACCAUUCUCGACAUUUUCAUAUGCCGUGGUAAAUGAACAGUUGUCCGAAGGGGCGAAAGAAUUCUGGAAAUCCAGGCUGGAAUCCUUCACUGGGAGUGUCUUUCCGCAACUGCCUCUCGAUCGGUUCAUCUGCCGGGCAUCAAGCUGCGUCACUGUCGAGUGCAACAUUCAGCAUCGAUCUUCCGCCGUAACUCAAGCAACAUACAUUCAAGCCACUCUUGCUUUGGUAAUAUCCAAAGUGCACGGAGAGUCAGACGUGGUCUUUGGCAUGACUGUCCAUGGACGGGGAAUGUCCAGCGAUCUGGAUGUGGAGACAAUAGUCGGCCCGACCAUCACAAGUGUUCCGAUGCGUAUUCAUGUGGAUUCCCAACUGCAGGUUCUUAGAUUCCUAGAGCUUGUACAGGCCCAAGUCGCCCUGACGUCGGAUCACGAACAUUACUCUCUGCAAAACAUCAAAUCGCUUGGGCCAGGAUCUGCGUCUGCCGCAUCGUUCACGACACUUCUCAUUAUACAGCCGGAUUUCGAGUCUCGCUUUAGCCGUGACACUGAAGUUAUUGUCGAGAUCGAAAAUGGUUCUUCUGAUUCCUACGUGGACUACCCACUUGUCGUUGAGUGCUUCCCACGCUCAGGGGGCGUCACAGUGAAGAUGCUGUACGAUCCAGCCGUUCUUACCAGAUGGGACGUUGAAAUGAUGGCAAAGCAGUUCGAGCAAUUGCUGCUCCAGAUCGAGUCCAGCUUAGAUCCAGCAACGGUGGUUUCAGACUUGAAACCCCUGACACAUCAACAAGCUGCAGACAUCCUCAAGUUCAGCUGUGGCGAUCUGACUGAGCAUCAAGAAUGUCUCCAAGAGCGAAUCUUCGCCAAAGCAAGAGAAUGGGAGACGAACGACGCUGUUCAAGGAUGGGAUGCCAGAUACACCUAUUCUGAGCUGCAAAGCACUGUGAAGCUGCUCACUCCGCGUGUCACAUCUCAUCUCGGAGGCAAGACUGAUGGAAAAAUCAUCCCCAUCUGUUACGAGAAGUCGGCGGCUGCCGUGGUCGCGAUGCUGACCACGCUAUCAGCGGGCUACGGCUUUCUCAUGAUCGAUUCCGGCCUUCCCACCCAUCGUAUCAAGUACAUGCUUGAGGUCAUCGGGGCAAAUUGUGUUGUCUGCUCGAACGCUACCCAAGAGCUCGUUCUGGACAUCGGAGCACGACCAAUCAACUUUGAGGGCAUGUUCCAUGACAAGAGUUCCCAGGCGGUGUGCUCCUCAGACGGCGCGAUGUGUUCUCCGGAGUCGCCCGCGUACUGCAUAUUCACCUCGGGCUCAACCGGAUCUCCCAAGGGAGUGGUCCUGUUACAUAAACAAGUCACAAGCGGCCUCGAAGCCCAAUGCAGUGUUGGGCUCUAUCCUCGCGGUGCGCGUCUUCUCCAGUUUUCCAGCUACAGCUUCGACACGUCCAUAGCUGACAUCUUCGCGACGUUGUUGAGCGGCGGCUGCGUGUGCAUCCCAAGAGAUGAGAGCAAGCUGCUGCAGCUUGCCAAGAACAUCAACGAGUUCUCCGCCAACGUGAUUGACCUGACGCCGUCGGUAGCAAGAAUGAUUCAGCCAGCCGAUGUACCAAAACUGGAGGUUCUCCGCCUGGGAGGCGAAUCAAUGCACCAGCAUCACAUUGAAACAUGGGCGAAGCGUUGCAACCUGCAGAACACGUACGGCCCGACCGAGUGCUGCGUCCAGUGCACAUUUGUCGACCAUAUUGACAACUCUACGUCUUCUUCGGUCAUUGGGAAAGGCAUUGGAUGUCACACGUGGGUUGUUGAUCCGCAGACUCACGACCAUCUGAUGCCGUUGGGGGCCGUUGGCGAGCUCGCUAUUCAAGGCCCCGCCGUUGCUAGUGGAUACAUCAACAACUAUACGAAGUCCAAGCAUUCCUUUCUCCCCAAAGCGCCUUGGCUCGCGACCUACAACGUCGAGUGUGCUUUUCCCACAUACCUCACAGGAGACCUGGUCAAGUUCAACGAACAGGGCAACCUGAUCUUCGUCGGAAGGUGUGAUAACCAGAUAAAGAUCCGAGGACAGCGCGUCGAACUGGAAGAGAUUGAGAAUAUUCUCCAGCAACAUGCCCUCACGAAACAGGCUAUAGUAUCUUACCCAGCUAAGGGGCCACUCGCAUCGCAACUCGUGGCCAUUCUUGAACCAUCACACAUGCGCCCUUCCAAGUCGUCUUCGCCUCCGGGUCCAGCCAUUGACUUGCAACAAUUACACAAACGGACCGAGGAGUGGAUGAAAGAGAGCGCUCAGCAGGCCGCUAACUUCCUGCCUCAUCACAUGGUGCCCUCGGUAUACCUCCUGGCAGACCGGGUGCUGCUCUCAGCAUCGGGUAGGAAUGCGCAAGAACGAGGCGAUAGCGUCGAUAGCGAUGGAAAGUUCCAAGACAUCAUUACGAAAGGUGUCAACAGACUCUGUAAGAGCGACCCGGAACAGCGGCCUCAACGAGUCCUCAUAACAGGAGGCACCAGCCUCUCCGGUCUCACCAUCCUCCUUCGCGUCUUAGAACAGUACUCGUCACUUCAUGUGACAGUAAUGAUGCGGUGCGAUGAUGUUGCAACCGGGAAACAACGUCUCGUCGAGAAGGCCCAGCUUCUGGGCUCAUGGAAGCCUAUUUUCAGCGGCAGGAUCGAAAUAUGGCCAGGAGAUCUCACUCAAGAUUGCCUAGGCCUUUCCCAGUCACAUUGGGAUCAGCUUGGAGGGCAUGGAGACCCUUCCAAACACUUUGACGGCAUUAUACACAAUGCGGCGGCAGUGGAUUGGUUCGGAGGGUUCCAGGCCCUACGGAAGGUCAACGUAGACGCCGCGCUUGAUCUGGUUGAACGCGCGAAGAACUCUCCGGCCACCAGACGUAUUGUGUAUAUAUCCGGAGGCCCGCAGUGGGAUCCUGAGGAGUUGGCUGAAACCACCAUAUCGGAGAGGGGUGUGCUGGAAGACGUGUUAGCGCAGUCGAACGCAUACGGACAGACGAAGUUGAUCACCGGCGCCAUCAUUCAGCGCGCGGCGGCUAGCAACCCGCGUCUGGCGGCAAAGUUCGCCGUCGUCCGUCCGGCGCUCAUCAUCGGCUCCUCGGUAGACGGGGUGCCUAACCUCGAUGACUUUGUCUGGCGUGUGGUAAUGGGCUGCCACACCAUCCGCGCAUUCCCGGAGGAACCCAUGGAGAACUGGGUUUACCUCUGCGGCGCUGACAGGUUUGCUGACAUUGUUAUCGACAAGUUGAAUUCCUCAACCAGAGGCGAGGUAUGCGAGACGAGGGUUGAGAACGGCCUUUCUGUCGGUAGGUUCUGGGAAGUUGUCAACCAGGUAUUAUCAGAUACUGUCCUAGAGCCCCUCGAUUACGGCGCGUGGCUCAGGCGGCUGAAGAAAGAUAUGAAUGCCUCGACUCAUGAUGCAAGCUUGACGGAGAGCCAUCCGUGCCAGCCGAUUAUGCACAUUCUCGAGUCCACUUCGGAGAUUCUCGGAGCAGCAACACCCAGAUUUGAUAACCAGGAGCGGCGUUCGAGGAUGGAGGACGAGACUGCACGCAGCAGUGUCUUGGUCUGCGAAAGCUUUCACGCGUAG